UCAUCCAGCUUGUUAAAUACCUGGAAAUCUCGAUUGCUUAUCAACAGCAGUGUAUAUAUGUACAAGAGAUACCCUUUCCAAAGUACAUACCUACAUGAUGCAACAGUCUCCGCUUUCUUGUAAAUAGUUGGAUUUUGGAAGUAAUAAAUCCACUUUUGUCCCAACAAGUGCAGCUGACUUGAAAGAUAAGUGCCUUGAUUUCCUUCGCAGAUAAAAUGGACUCGAUAAUUUACAAACUAAAAUCAAUUCCUCUCACAAAUAAAUCAAUCUUAUUAUCAACCGCUGGCGUUUUGGCAAGUUAUUUAUCGUGGAACUAUAUAAGUGGUCGGUGUUCUAGGCUCAAUUUGGUGAAACCUUUCCUGGUUUACGUUAGAGUUCAAGGUGUCAAAACCAAACACGCCGCGGCUUCUUCUACCGAAGAAUUUUACUUCCAUCUCCUAACUUUGGUUGAAAAGCUUCUCGCCAAGAAUGGCCACACCGGGCAAGGAAAACAACUAGAAGUCGAUUUUAAAAAGCUACCUGGACAGGACGACGAUCUCAUGCUGAACUACGAGUACCAGCUUGUCAAACUCCCUCUACCUACCGAAUUCCAGUACAAAGGCAAGACCUUGUUUUUGUUUAGAUUCCAAGACAAGGAUGACCUCGAAGUAGCAACCUUUCCGUGGAAUCGAGCCUUUUUAGAUGAAUUUUUGCAGGAAGUGCUGAAUAUCCAGAUCGGAACACAGUCGAAGGAACUCGUCAACUUUUUCCACCUAAGCUCAUCCCUGGAUUGGAAAAAGAGUAGUCACAGGAAAAAGAGACCGCUGGAAACGAUCAUUUUGAAAGAUGGCGUGAAAGAUGGUUUAAUCCAAGAUGUCAAAGACUUCUUCGCCAGUAGAGAAUGGUACAGGGAAAGGGGGAUUCCGUACAGAAGGGGAUAUUUGUUACAUGGUCCACCAGGAACCGGAAAAUCAAGCAUUGUUUUCUCCAUCGCGGGCGAAAUUGGUUAUGAUAUUAGCAUAUUAUCUCUUUCAUCCCCUCAUUUGAAUGAUGACGCUUUGACAAUGGCUAUGAGCAGUGUGUUCUCCAGAACGAUUGUGUUAAUCGAGGAUAUCGACGGCGUUUUUGAGAGAAAGGAGGAUUCGAUAGAACCAACAACCAAAAUGGCGGAUUCUUGCAGUGUCACGUUCAUGGGGAUACUUAAUGCGUUAGAUGUCGUUUCAUCACAGGAGGGGAGAAUCGUCUUCAUUACCACUAAUCAUAUCAAGAAGUUGGACCCCGCCCUAAUUCGACCGGGGCGAGUGGACGUUAAAGUUUCCAUCGAUUACGCCACAGAUUCUCAAAUUCAGCAGAUGUUUGCCAACUUCUACCCUUACCUGGAGACCGAAGUGGUUAAAGAAAUGUGCCAGAAUAUUUCCAUGGCGUUGAAAAAAACUGGGAAGAAGGUAUCAAUGGCGUGUAUCCAAAGUUUGUUUGUUUUGCAUAAAAAGAAUCCUAAGGAUGCCGUCGAGCAGGCAGAACAACAUUUCGAAGAGUAUGCGGAUUCUGAGAAUACGGGAUAUUUAGAUUUUUACAUGUGACAGCCAACUGAAGGAACGCAUACUUAAUACCGUAUUCUUUCCAAGUGUGCAAAUCAUUAGUGUAUAUUAUUUAGCUGAUCAAAACAAUAAAUAAAAUUUGCCAGAUAUUGGGUCGA